AUGCCGUUUGGUAUCAAGAUUGAAGAACUUGCGCAACAAUAUCCAGCGCAAUCACAGUAUGAACCUGAAUUGUCUGUCGGUCUGGUUUGGCGAUCACAAGAUCCGAAGGCAACGCUACGGAUUCACACAACUGGUAGUAUCACUGUUACAGGGGCAUCAUCGGAAAGUGACGUGAUGCGAUCAAUUGAGAUGAUGUAUCCAAUUGUACGAAAGUUUCGUUGUGCUAUGCGUCAUCGAACUGAACCAAAGCGAAAACGCCCACCAAGAAAACGUGCAGCUCCAUCAUCUAUGUGGGUUUAA